CAGGUUCUUGAGUGUAGUGGGUGUAUUCACAUUGUCACAGCACAAUCCUCACCCCACCAAAAACCCUUCCCACUUCCCACUUCACUCCCAAAACCCCAAACUAAGCACAAAUGUAUCUCCACCGCCACAUCCUCACCAGAGCCUCCGUGCACCGCCGCCACUUCUCACAAGCCGCCGCCGCACUCCUCCACCCUCCGGAGCCGGAGCAGUUGACGUACCUUGAAGGCCUUCCGAGGCCGAACCCAAAGCACGACGAGACGAUCCUCGCGAUCCCUCGCAAAGAGUCCGGGUCGAACAUCUCGGCGAAGGAGCGCAAAGCGGGGCGGGUCCCCGGCAUCGUGUUCGAGCAAGAAGACGGCCAGCACGGUGGCAACAAGCGCCUCAUCUCCGUCCGUAGAGACCAGAUCAGGAAGCUCGUCACGCAUCUCGGCCGCUCCUUCUUCCUCUCCCGCCUCUUCCAACUCCAUGUCCUCUCCGACUUCGACUCCGAUGAGAUCAUUGAAAAUGUUCGCGUUUUGCCCCACCAGAUUCAUUUGCAAGCUGGAACAGAUGCACCGUUGAAUGUCACCUUUUUAAGGGCUCCAUCAGACGCAUUGUUGAGAGUUGACGUUCCUCUUGUAUACAGAGGAGACGAUGUUUCCCCUGGGCUAAAGAAAGGUGCUUCUUUGAAUACCAUCAGAAGGACUGUUAAGUACUUAUGCCCUGCAGACAUUAUUCCCCCAUAUAUUGACGUGGAUUUAAGUGAGAUGGAUGUGGGCCAAAAGUUGGUAAUGGGAGAUCUCAUUGUUCAUCCUGCACUAAAACUUCUUCACUCAAAAGAUGAACCUGUAUGUAAAAUUAUGGGCCAAAGGGUUUCUGAACAACAACCACCAAAGAAAUCUAAGUAACUAUUUAUUGUAUCUUUGGUGGUUGUUACUGCUACACUGAAGCAUUUUUUAGCUAACAUGUAACAUCGGCGGGCAUCUUAUUAGUUGAUUCUUGGCAGCAGUGAAGGACACGGUUUUAGAAUUCCGAUGUUAGGUUUUUUUGUGAGCCUCCUCUUCUAUGCCUAUUCUGUUCCUUCCCACCUUUCAAUCCUCUGUUUCUGCCUUUUCUUUUGGCAAAAAUGGAUAAAGUAAUUGGGAAUGAGAAAAGGAAGUUUAUAUAUUGAGAUUAUAUUUGAAAUAUGGAUAUUUCUGUUUCUUAUGGAUGUUUCGGUUUUUAUCCCUCAGUAGGCUGAGGGAUAUCACUGAAGUUCUCCCUCUUGUCCUUAAUAAAUAUUUUAUGCCACCUAUGUACAUGGAUAGUGUUCAAGUGACUUUGUCUUGUGUC